AUGUUUUCUUUAACUGAAAGAGCUUCCACGGUGGUAGCACGUGCUGGUACCCACACCGAGACGCAGCGGCCCGCCGUCACCUCAGCGCGACACGCGAACGGCGCCGCCCCUCGGCGGGUAACGGCUGGGCGGCGGCUGGGGCAGGUGAGAAUUGUGCGCGUGCGCGGCCGCGCUGAGUUUGGCGCCGUUUUCGGCCGUCGCGGCAGCGGCUCGGCCCGCGGGGCUGAGGCCGCGACGUCGGACGGCGGCAGUAAGAUGGAAGCGCGCGGGCGAGCGGUGACCUCGGCCGCCUCAGAGCCCUGUGCGGGCCGCUGCUCCUCCUCCCUGUCAGGGUCGGGCGGGCGCUGCACGUUGGGCCUGCUGCGGACGCCGCGAAGCACCGAGGGCAGCAGCGGCGGCUCGUCCAGCGGCGGCGCGGGGCUCGCUCCCCUCGGGGCUGCCGGCAGCGGCGGGAAGGAGCCGCGCUCCGGCCGGGCAGAGUCAUAUCUUGGGGACAAAAGUUCUUGUGCAGAAAAUGGUAGUGCAGUGAAUUUCACAAGUGGUUGUUCUGCACGAGGCCUAAAUAACACGUGUGUAGGAAAAAUACCCUUUUCUACCAGUAGAUCUAUUGGCAGAAGCCAUACUCCUGCUACAGGAUAUUCAGUUACAUCGUCAUCUACAGUCUCUGCUCAUACUGCUGCAUCAGUUAUUGUAGCUGUAGUAGAAGGAAGAGGCCUUGCCAGAGGUGAAGUAGGAAUGGCCAGUAUUGACUUAAAGAAUCCUGAGGUGAUACUGUCACAAUUUGCAGACAAUACGACUUAUGCCAAGGUUAUUACUAAACUCAAAAUUUUAACACCUCUGGAAAUAAUAAUGCCAAACACUUCUUGUGAAGCAGGGAACACCACAAAAUUGUUUGCUUUAAUAACAGAACAUAUCAAAAAUGUGACAUUUACAACCGUCCAAAGAAAAUACUUCAAUGAAACAAAGGGUUUGGAGUAUAUAGAGCAAUUGUGUGCAUCUGAAUUCAGCACUGUUUUCAUGGAGAUUCAAUCAAAGUACUACUGUCUUGCAGCUGCUGCAGCUUUGCUGAAGUAUGUUGAGUUUAUUCAGAACUCCAUUUAUGCUCCUAAGUCGCUCAAGGUCCGUUUCCAGGGGAGUGAGAAAACAGCUAUGAUAGAUUCAUCAUCAGCCCAAAAUCUGGAACUGGUAACUAAUAACAGAGAUUCUCGGAAUGGUCACACACUUUUUGGCGUCCUAAAUUACACUAAAACUCCAGGUGGAAGUCGAAGACUCAGAGCCAAUAUCCUGGAGCCACUUGUUGAUGCUGAAACAAUUAAAAUAAGACUGGACUGUGUUCAGGAAUUUCUCCAGGAUGAGGAGCUGUUUUUUGGUCUUCAAGCAGUUAUCUCCAAAUUCCUGGAUACAGAACAACUGCUUUCAAUUUUGGUACAGAUUCCGAAGCAAGAUACAGUUAAAACUGCUGAAUCAAAAAUAACUAAUAUAAUCUAUCUGAAGCAUACUCUGGAGCUUGUGGAGCCUCUGAAAGCUGCUUUGAGAAGCUGUAACACAUCCCUGCUAAAGGCCUAUUACAAUGCUCUUGAAGAUAGAAGGUUUGGAAUUAUACUUGAAAAGAUUACAACUGUGAUUAAUGACGAUACGAGAUAUGCAAAAGGAUGCCUGAGUAUGAGGACCCAAAAAUGCUAUGCUGUUAAGCCAAACAUCAGUGAAUUCCUUGACAUAGCUCGUAGAACAUACACAGAAAUUGUUGAUGACAUAGCAGGUAUGAUAACACAACUUGCUGAGAAGUACAGCCUACCACUGAAAACAAGUUUCAGUUCUGUGCGUGGAUUUUUUAUCCAGUUGAAUGCUGAUUGUUCAACAUUACCUAAUGGCCAACUUCCUUCAGAAUUUACAAAGGUCACUAAAACAAGGAACACAUAUAGUUUCACUUCAGCAGAUUUAAUAAAAAUGAAUGAAAGAUGCCAGGAAUCCUUGAGAGAAAUAUAUCACAUGACCUACUUAAUAGUGUGUAAACUACUGAACGAGAUCUAUGAACAUAUUCAUUGUCUAUACAAGCUGUCUGACAUUGUGUCAAUGCUGGACAUGCUGCUUUCAUUUGCUCAUGCCUGCACUAUUUCUGACUAUGUUCGUCCAGAAUUUACAGAUACGUUAGCGAUCAAGCAGGGACGGCAUCCUAUUCUUGAAAAGAUAGCUAUGGAAAAACCCGUGUCUAACAAUGCAUAUCUUACAGAAGGUAGCAAUUUUCUCAUUAUCACAGGACCAAAUAUGAGUGGAAAAUCAACAUACCUAAAACAGAUUGCGCUCUGUCAAAUUAUGGCACAGAUUGGUUCUUAUGUCCCAGCAGAGUACUGCUCUUUUCGAAUUGCAGAGCAAAUUUUUACCAGAAUAGGCAUGGACGAUGAUAUAGAAACAAAUGCCUCAACAUUCAUGAAGGAAAUGAAAGAGAUAACAUACAUCAUACAAAAUGCUAAUGACAAAUCACUCAUCAUAAUUGAUGAGCUUGGCAGAGGUACCAGUGCCGAAGAAGGUAUUGGCAUUUGUUAUGCUGCCUGUGAAUAUCUCUUGAAUUUGAAGGCAUUUACUUUGUUUGCUACACAUUUCCUGGAACUGUGUCAUAUGGAUGCUUUGUAUCCCAAUGUGGAAAACUACCAUUUUGAAGUGCAGCAUGUGAGAAGCAGCGCUGGAAAGGAGAAAAUUACGUACACUUACACACUUUCUAAAGGAUAUACAGAGGAAAAGAACUAUGGAUUAAAAGCUGCAGAAGUUUCCUCUCUACCACCAUCCAUAAUUUUGGAUGCAAAGGCAAUCACAAACCAUGUUGCUAAACAAAUUUUGGACAGACAGAAGAGUACUCCCGAGAUGAUGAAACACAGAGCUGUAUACCACUUAGCAAUGAGAUUGGUUCAGACUGCUAGAAAUUCGCAGUUGGAUUCGGAUAGUUUGAAAGUAUAUUUGAAAGGCUUGAAGAAAAAGUAUACAGCCAGUUGUCCUGCAUCUGAAUGGAGUGAUGAGCAACAUUAACUCGUAACAAGAGCUGUUGAAAUAAUUUUUGACUGUAAGAUGACUUUAUUAUUUUCCAUAAUAUUUGAAAACACUGUUUUUCAUAUAUUUAUAACUUAAUUUUAGUUGAAAUUGUAUCCGUUAGUAAAAGAAACUGUUUCUUCUUUUGCCAGAAAUGAGAUCAUUUAUUUUCUAUGCAAAACAGUUCUUUUCUUUUGAUAGUGAACGUAUUCUAUCCCUUUCAUUGUUUUACAGUGUAGUUAAUCAUUUGUGCAUUAGAGAUGCAGUGUUAUGCUACUUAAUAAAAAACAAUCUGUAACAGA